CUAUCAAAUCAAAAACUAUCACAAGUUUGAUUUUUAAUGCUUCAUCAUCUUCUUCCUCCUCCCUUAUUUUUCUUCAAAUCUUAUCAUCCAUUAUUUUUCCUUUUAUAGAUUCCCCGGAAACAGAAGUAAAAAUGCGAGAAAAAUAAUCAUUUUUUUAAUCAAAACAUUACAGCUCAAGUUUGGUAGUAAGCAAGCAGACAUUUACUUCUUAACAACAACAAAAAACAAAACUCUCUGGUGGCGUCAAAGAGAUUAUCUAAAGGCUUUGGUCUAUUGAUUAACCGGAGAUCAUCAGAAUCCGUCUUCAAGUUGAAAUCACGAAGCAAAACCCUUAAAAAAAAAAAGUAGUCUUGAUGAGGUCACGAGAUGAUGAUGCACACGAAGCAGAUGGUAGUAGAUCAGAUGCUGGCUCUUCAAGAACCGACGAAGAAAAGCACUCGCGACUUGGGUCUCAAAGAUCUGGCAAAAGCCAAGACCUUUCUGACCCAAACUACGCUUCAGACACUUCCUCUAAGAACACAACCACCACCAACACUAUUGAGUACACUGAACAAGAACGUGCUGAGCUUCUUAGAAGGCUAGACUCAAUAAAAGACCACCUCCUUCGUGGUGGUGGUAGUGUAGUUAACGAGAAUCAGCAAUCCCUCAGACCUUCUUAUUACUACCAACAUCCUUAUCCAGAACCUUAUCCUUACCCUGGACCAGUUCAUGGUUAUCAUCAAGACCCUUAUAGAAGACCGCCUCCAGUUCCUUACCCUAACCAGAUGGCUCCUCCUCGUCCGUAUCCUGGAACUCAUUACGUUGACAUUGGUGCUGAUAUAGUCGACCAGGGUACAUACUUUCCAGCUACACCUAGUAGAUACAGUGACAUGCCUCCCUACAGCCCUGUUUCUUCUCACCAGAGACUCUACAACAACAGUCCGAGUUUCCCUUCUUCCGUGACCUCUUCAGAUCCUCGAGGUGGUGGUGGUGGUGGUGGUUACGCUAGGUGGCCUAGUGAUCUUGACUCUGAGAUGGGCGGUGGUGGUGCUUUCCCUCGUGGGUAUGUUAAGAAAGCUGUUUCUGUUAGCGAUGACGCUCGUCUUUGCCAUCCUCUCGCUGGUGGUGCUCCUUUUAUAGCGUGUCAUAGCUGCUUUGAGCUGUUGUGUUUGCCUAAGAGGAAGCUUUUGGCUCAGGAGAGGCUGCAUAAGCUGCAAUGCGGUGCUUGCUCUGAAGUUAUCAGUUUCAGGAUCGUCGAGAAGAAACUCGUCUUCUCUUCUGGUAAUGAGGGAGGAGCAACAGAGUCUGUCUAUGUAGAGGUUGAAGAUAGAAGCACAACGAACACAGUGGUGGCAGUGGAAGAACAGUCUUCUGUUGAUUUCAGCAACUCAGGCAGUGAUUUUCCACGUAAAGAUGAAGAAGAAGAAGAACCUAUAAGGAAUCACCAGAACACAACAAAAAGCAUCCGGUCUGAAUCUCAGCUCUCAGAUGAUGUAGAAAGAUUGAGCAUUUCCAGUGAAAGUCUACAACAGAAGGAGGUCAAAUCGGUUCGUAGACGAGCUAAAGGCUCAAAAGCUUCACAACCAGCUGCUGCUCCGGAGAGUGCAAGUCUCCUUGAACUUUUCGAAUACUCUAACGUAAACCGAGCUGCGCUCGCUUACGGGAUGGCAGAGUUGGGUUAUAACAAGCCUGAUAAGCAAGAGUUUUUCACGAAACAAGACUCGGUAAAGCCUGAAUCGUUAGCUACGGAGACGGAGGUUUCUUACAACGGAUACUCUAACACAGAGAUCUCUGAAGACUCAAACGGAAGAGAAGACAGCAACAACAGUAACAAUAGACCAAGAAGUAGAAAAGGUAGCGAGUCUGGCUCCACGGAGGUGACAACGAGGUCCUCUACUGAUGAUCAAGGGAAGUUAUUAGAGGUUUGGGUUAAUGGACAUCUUAUACCUGAAGAGCGAGUUAGCACUGCUGAGAAGUUAGCUGGACCUGUCCAAGCUGGAAAGUACUGGUAUGACUACAGAGCUGGGUUUUGGGGUGUAAUGGGCAAACCUUGUCUCGGUAUAAUACCUCCAUUUAUUGAGGAGUUUAGCCAUCAUCCAAUGCCGGAUAACUGCGGUGCAGGGAACACAGAAGUAAAAGUGAAUGGGAGAGAGCUUCACAAGAGAGACUUGGAGUUACUAGCCGGUCGUGGUCUUCCUAGAGACAAGAACCGUUCUUACAUUCUUGAUAUAUCAGGAAGAAUCCUUGAUGGAGAGUCAGGGGAAGAGCUUAAAAGCCUUGGCAAAUUAGCCCCAACGGUUGAUAAGGUGAAGCAUGGGUUUGGUAUGAGAGUUCCAAGAUCAUUAGCUUCAUGAAAAGCCCCCACAAGUAACAACAACACAACCAAAAUGGUUCUGUUUCUGCCCCCUCUCGUCUUUCAUAUUAUUGAUUUGUCUUUUUUUUCCCUAAAUGUAAAGCGUGCUUUUUUACUCAUGACAUUGGUUAGGUGUUUUUUUUUUUUUUUACUUAUACGAACCGGGUUAUGUCGGUUUAAGGUUUGUUGUUUGUAAUAUUUCUUCUUUCUUUUUCAUGUUCCAAGCAGACCAAACCGUUUUGUGAUUCUUGGUCGAUGUUGGUUAUAGAUUGUGUGUAAUGAGAUUGUGUGUUUGCCUACAAC